AUGCGUUUCCACAUCUUGAUUGUCCUCUUUGCCCUGCUUGCUGUGGUAGCUGCUCAGAGAGGACCCCAGAGAGGUCAGCAGGGAGGAUCUCAGCGGCGUCCACAAUUUGGUCUGCCACCAAAUGGCACUCUGCCCGGCAAUGGCACCGUCUCAACCACAACUGAAGCCAACACUAGUGCGGAUAGCACAACUACUGAGGUUGCUGCCUCAUCAUAG